AUGCAGUCCUCAGUUGUUUUCGCCUUAACGAUGUGCUUUUUGAAUUUGCAUGUUUUUUGUUCUCAAAUAUCCAGCGAAUAUAAAAAUGUCAAGGUUUUGAGUUACCAUCUGGACGGGCCAAGUCCUGAUGGAUAUAAUUUUGGCUACGAAACGUCAGAUGGUCAGACGAGGGAAGAAUAUGGAAAAAUUGUGAAGAAGGGGAACAAUGAAGAGGUUCUUCAAGUCGAAGGAUCAUAUUCCUAUAAAGGAGUUGAUGGCAGAAUAUACAGGGUUAUAUUUACUGCAGGCGAAGAAGGAUAUAAACCUAAAGUAUAUAUAGGUGACCAUAUUCCCACAGCGGCCUUAGCAUCGCUUACUGGUGGACUUGGAUAAAGA